AUGAGAAUCCCAACCUACGUCUCCAUCUUCCUCGCUCUUCUCGUGCUUGGUGCCGGUGCCUCUCCUAUCCCAAACGAAGGGUCCGAUGUUCCUGCACCAGGCCCCGGAAAUGACCCCCAAGGUCCAGGACAAGGUGGAGGCAGUGAAGGUGAUGGUCCCGGACAAGGGGGACAGAACCCCGGAGAGGGUGAAGGCGAUGGUCCAGCACAUGGAGGACAAGAACAUGAGAACCUUGGAGAGGGCAAUGGCCUGGCGUGGAAGGUCCGUCGGGUCGUGGAGACGGAUGUGUCAGUUGUGAUUGGAACAAGUGUUGUUGGGUUGCCGACAGCUACGCCGUGGAUUUAG